AUGGAGAGUGAUACUCGACGCGAUAUUCUGCCGGCUAACAUUCUUCCCCAUCUCGACCUCGUGGCCAACUUCAGAUUACAUGGGGACAUUCCAAACACCCUGGAGACAAUUCAUCAAGACAUUGACAUCGGAACUCCCAGGCUGAUUGAGAAGAGCGGAAAGAUAAUCCAUCAUGUGACCGUCACAUACACCCCCGGGAAUUUAGAGAUGUACAGGCUGCAAGAGAAGCAGCAGAGGAGUAGGAAGAUGUUUGCUGCUUACCUAGUGUCCAACUGCGGGAGACCGCGGGACGCAUUCAUCGCCCGCCUCAUGUCUGCGCUAGGAGACGACAGGCUUCACUCCUAUGGCAGAUGUAUGAACAACAGGAAGUUCCCUGAGGAGAAGGAGCACGGGUCGAACUCUCUCUCUCUGCUCAAGAUGUACAAAUUCACCAUAGCUAUCGAGAACUAUCUGUCGCAUGACUACGUGUCGGAGAGAUUUUACCAGCCGCUGCUGGCUGGCUCAGUCCCGGUUUAUCUCGGAGCUCCCAACAUCGAAGAGUUUGCUCCAGGAGUGAACUCAUUCAUCGACAUCCGAAACUUUCCUUCCCCCGAAGCUCUUGCUUCUUAUCUCAUCUCCCUUGCCGACAACCAUACAGCCUACGACUCUUUCUUCACAUGGAAGCUCGACGGCCCCAGCCCUGAAUUCCUCCGCAUGAUGAACAUGUCCAUGACUCGCGGCAACGUGAUCUCCUUCCUUGUGGUCGUUCUCCGCGUGCUGACAGCUUUCUUCUACCCACAGGUCGACCUCAACAGGCUGCACACCAGCAUGUGCAAGAAGCUUGUCGCUUUGACGCGGAGGGAAAUGAAGUGCGGGGCCUAG